CACACACAAACACACAUGCAUGCAGAAUGAGUGAAUCAGCUGAUUGAUAUUAUUCUGAAUCGAUUUGUUUUUUUUCUUGGUUGAUGAUUAAUAUUCCUGUAAACAAAUCAUGGCCGAUGAUAUUCUUUUAGAUUUUCUUCAUAUGGAAUUUGUUUCAUUAUUUGAUGAAAUGAAUGGUGAAGAAAAGCCAAAUGAUGUAAGCCGACAAGAAUCGAUUGGCUAUCAGGUUGGAUUUCGAUUCAUUGAAAAAUAUACACGUGAAUGGAAUCGUUUUAAAGAUGAAUUAGAAAUAAUAAAAUUUAUUUGUAAAGAAUUUUGGUCAGUAAUAUUUGGUAAACAAGCCGAUACAUUACGUACAAAUCAUCAAGGUAUUUACGUAUUGAUUGAUAAUCAAUUUCGUUUUCUAAUACGAAUGACUGAUUCACAACAAUAUAUGGAUCAAAUUGGCAAGUAUUUAGCAUUCAGUUGUGGCUUAAUACGUGGUGCAUUAUUCAAUCUAGGUAUAUCAUCGGUUGUAACUGCUGAUGUUUCACAGCCACCAAGUGUAAAAUUUCAGAUAAAAAUUCAUACAUAAUUUAUCUAUUAACCGAAAAAAAUCAAUUCUAAAAUUUGUAUCAUCCACUCCAUAUAUAUCUUAUUAUUGUUGUCAUUUCAAAUCAUUCCAUAAAAUUAUAAUAAAAUGCAAAUGAGAGAAGAAAA